GUUCGGUAACGCCAACGCCACUUCAGACCUCAUGCUGCCCAUACUCCUCGAUAUGGCCAACCUCAUCCGAAAGGCCGUCAGAUCAGGGAAGGAACCCAGAGAAGUCAAGGAACCCUCACACUACCACAGGCUCAACUCCUUAGACGCUCUUUCACUGAAGACUCAGAUACCACAGACUCAGACUUAGAUAUCAGAGCAGUUAAGGACACUCCACAAGCUCAACUCCUAAGACGAGCAUUCACUGAAGACUCAGAUAUCACAGACUCAGAUACCAGAGCAGUCAAGGGCACUCCACAAGCUCAACUCUUAAGACGAUCAUUUAAUGAAGAUACAGAUACACUAUUAGACGAUGAACCGUUUGAAUACUCAACCACUAAGGCACCAGACACACGACACCGUAGACCUCAGAGGAGAUACAGUCCAAAAACAGUUAACAAAACAGAUAACACUAAAAGUAAAAGUAACGAGGUUAAGAAGAAAGAUGAUGCUGCUAACACCACAAGAACUACAACGACAGAAGCGCCCUCUACAGUUAGAAAUAAGAACGCGACAGAGAACUCCACCAUGGAUCUGAUGGCGGACGCGACGAACCAGACUCUUGCGCAAGAUCUACCGGUGGCUGAAAAGCUGAGGGCGUUGAACAGGUUUAUUGAUAGGAAAGGCAACCUGAUCCGCCGUGGCACGUUCCCUCCCAAGCCGCCAGCACGGCGAGCUACAGCCGAGUCUACCAUCAGCCCGGUCAGGAGAAGACCAGCACCGGCCAGAAAGCUGCCCGUGAUCACGCCGAGCGAGCAAGCUAAAUGUGAACUGUUCACAAACACACUCUGUCUGCACUCUGAGGAUUAUCCCACCGACGCCAUAAUCCAAUCCAUCCGGCGCAACAAGGCGGCAGCCGGGGCUCUACUAGCGGACUUCAGGGACCCCGGAGAAGGCGCUCUGGACGGCGUCACAGCCGCUCAGGAGGCCAAGUACACGGCCGACCACUAUCUAGUCUCUAACAGGCGAGGCGACACAGCCAACAGGGACUUCGCAAGCGCCGGUGAAGCAGGCUUCAUGUGUCCAAGUAUUAGUGAAGUACGCUCGACCACAGCGAGCGCGGGCAACUUCAGGCCAGUGGAAGUACAUCGUCAAUACUGAGAACAUACGCAGACGCUACGACUAGAGAAGUGUUUGAAACCCAAGGAAUCGUGUACCUAUUUAACGGACAACUUUAAAUCAAAAUGCGUUCAAGUAUACAACUAUCAUAGACUCUUGACAUAAUUCUACAGAACGGAUUACACAUGGACAUAUUCAAGGUUCCAACAUGUUGUUCCUGCCACAUCGAAGGCUACAGCGUAUCAUUCCCACCACUGGGCCACAGGAUCCACGAAACCUCAGCAGAGAACAUACCAACAGAAGAACUGUCCUCCGAACAAGGCAAUCACGCCUUCGAAAAUGUGCCAAACCCAGCGUCCAAAGACCCACCGUAUCCAAAACCCACCGUUUACCUUUAACAAGCCUCUCGAGUCCUUCUGCACCAUUCUCUGAUAACCACAACCUAAUAACCGAUUCCUUCAACCAGGCCACUUCCAUUAGAAACGUGAAACGCCCUCCAAUAUCGAGAAAUCCUGUCAGCACAUUUGACCCCGUCACGUUACCGAGCUUAUCUAGGAACCACCGACUCCGUCUGCACCGACUUCGUUUUCUUUUCU